GUACGAACGCACAUAGUUUUGUCAACAUCCAGUAGCUUGGAAGAAAUGGUGAAUUUAUUAUGUGAAUCCCGAUCAGCUUUUCACACCUAGCUGUUCCUAACAUGUUUAAGAGCCAGUCUGAAGCUGUUGGAGGGACAACAUAGCAAAACAUGUGUGGCAGAUACCCCGACAAAGGCUGGUGAUUAUCAAGACACUGUGGACAGAUUAGGUGCUGAUAUCACCUGAUAUUUAGUGUGAUAAAGCAGGAUAAGAGAUAUGUAGUCAUAUAAUGUCCAAGACAUCUUAUUGCACAACCAGAUUAUCAACUUAUAUUCUAGCUUGGAUGGAAGUAAACAGUAAUUAGUAACAAGCAACCACUGUAACCAAAUCGCAUUCAAGAAUCAUUGAAGAAAAAGAACACUAAUAUGUAAAUACACUACCAUGAAGCAAGCUACAAAAACUCAUGCUAAUACACGUGUCGAUGAAAGCCCUCUUUUAGAGGACAACCUCAUUUGUACAAGAAAUCUCACCUCAUUAGACACACCAUUACAUACAGUGCAAAGUUUUGACAGCGAAAUUACUGACUCUUACGAUAUUUACAAAAAUGAAAAUACCACCUGUAGCAGAAAUAUAACUUUACUGGAAAUUGCUAAUACCUCAUCAUGUAUAUCGAAUGCUUCAGAAAAGGAAAAGACGAAACAAUGUAAGAUCGACCAUACUGAUGGGAUAACUGGUAGGAAUAUUACUUUUCCAGAAUGUAGAUUUAUACAUACAAUAACAGAAAAUGAUCAGAGUAAAGAUGUUCAGAUGAGAACAGAUUUAAGCAGGCUACCAUACGAGUCUCCCUCAUCCGAGACAAUUGAAACACCGUCGUACACAAGUGAUGCUUGCCAUUUGUCCGACGGUCCCACUCAGAAACCUGAAACACAAACACGGAAAAAGCCAUUUAAAUGUGACAUCUGUGGUAAGGGGUUUAUGCAGAAAGCAAGUUUAGAACCACAUUUAAGAACCCACACGGGGGAGAAACCUUACAAGUGUGGUAUGUGUGCAAAAGGGUUCAAUUACUCGGGAGCUAUGAGAAGGCAUCUCCGAAUACACACCGGAGAAAAACCCCACACGUGUGGGGUGUGUGGGAAAGAGUUCGGCAACAAAGGACAUCUACAGGGACAUCUCGUCAUCCAUACAGGACUCAAACCCCACAAGUGUGCCGUCUGCGGUAAGGACUUCGGCCAGGCUGGUGACUUAAGGAAACACAUGAGGAUCCACACUGGAGAAAAACCAUACAGUUGUGAAAUUUGUGGAAAGGAUUUCAGUAGAUCUGGACACUUAAAAGAGCAUCGUUUGGUUCACACUGGAGAAAAACCAUAUACAUGUGAUUACUGUGGAAAGGACUUCAGUCGGGCCGGCCACUUAAAAGGACACCUGAAAAUCCACACCGGAGAAAAACCAUACAAAUGUGAUGUUUGUGGAAAGGCUUUUAAUCAAACAGAAAAUCUGCAUCAACAUGUGAGGACACAUACAGGUGAAAAGCCAUUCAAAUGUGAUGUCUGUGGGAAAGAGUUGAGUCAAAAAAGUAACCUACUGGCGCACCUUCGCAUACAUACGGGAGAGAAACCGUUUAAAUGUGACAUUUGUGGUAGAGAAUUUAGUUGGCAAGAUAACUUGAAGCGACAUCUGACGAGGCAUGCUGAGGGUAAAUCAUACAAGUGUGAAAAUUGUGAAAAAUGUUUUAGUAGAAGAGAACAUCUGCAGCGACAUACCAAGAGACACCUCGGAGAAAGACUCUACAAGUGUAACAUUUGUAAGCAAGAAUUUACUGAGAAGGGAAACCUAAAACGUCACCAUGCAAGGAAGCAUUCUAAAAGUAUAAAUGUUGCACCUGGGGAUGAGGACUUGGAGUUUUUCACCAUUGAUGCAGUCAUUCAGGGAGCUAAUGCUUAUGAUAAUAUCUCCAUAUAAUGUAUAUGUGUGUUCAGUUGGUUUUUCUUGCAACCUCAGUCGUGUGUCUGUUCCGAUCUCUUCGACUAAGUAGAGGUCAGUUUGCUAACUUUUGAAUUUUAAAAGACGUCAUCACAAGGAACUAUCAGGAAUUGAUACAUAUAUUCAAAGCUAAAUCUUACAAAUUCACAAGGUAAUGCAUAAGAGCUAGAUAGUUUGCUACAUAUGCAUAUAACAGUUAUUUAUUUAAUGAUCAUAAUUUAUAAGAAAAAUAAAUUUCAUGUAAGUAAAUAAAUGCGCAAACGACU